AAAUUGUACAUUAUACAUUGUACAAUCGUACGUUGUCGACAAAGUUUUUAAGCGUUUUGAUUUGCUGAUAAAAUAGCUUAUUUGCUAAAUUCUAUUUGCUAAAACAGAAUAUUUCUAGACGCAAAGAGCACAUGGUAGAUUAGGCUUUAAGGGCCUCAGCAGAAAGGUCGUCGUAAACUGUUACGACAAUCUUUCUGCUCAAACUCUAACGCCUGUUAUACAAUACGUCAUAUGUCGCUGUCGCGUGUCGGGACGUAGCCGAUGGUCUAUUCCGUAGUAAAUUUCUUUUAAAAAAAUUGUCUCAUUGAACAUCGGCUACGUCUCGAUAUCCGACAGCGAUCUACGUCUGUCUCAGUAGUGCAUGAAGAUAUGCAUAAGGAAUCUGAUUGGGCCAUAAGUGCGUGCAUAAGGAAAUAAACUAAUCAAUUUCUUUACGCAUAUGCUUAUGCAAAUAUACAAAUUUUGUCUCGAUAGACCCUUAAGCGCUUGCCGAUUGUUAUCUGCCAUCAGCCUUACUCGUAAAAAUAAAAUUACGUUUAUACAUAACGUUUUAAUUUGUCACAUUAAAGUUCCAAUGGACCUGUUGUGUGAUUCUGAUUGUACGGUCAGUCCGGUCAGGAAAGGAGUAAAACGUUCUCGGAACGUUUAAGUCAUAGGACAAAAAAAAACUCGCUAGUAUUGCGACAUUAGAUAUACGUUUCUUAAGUAUGAUUAAGCAGUUCCGGGUCAUUCGAGUAAAAAGAUAUCUACGCACAUCUGCAGCUCGAAAGCAAAAAACAAAUACCCGCGAAAAUUCUACAGAGUUCCACGAAGUACGGGAAAACCUCCUGUAACUUAUGGACAAAAGUAUUCUCGCUCAAACGAGUUACAUUGAUUCUCGUAGCUCGGCGCUUUAAGGAAUAUCUUUAGAUAUCACGAGGCAAACUCCUCUCUCUUUCUCUGUGUAACGCGACGAUUUGUGACAAAAGUUUCUCGGAAAAAGGAAAGUUACAUUAAAUCGGGCCCGAUUAACGCCAGGAAGCAGGAGCGCGUGGUCCGUGGGAAUUGAAAACGAAAAAAGGAACACGAAAGUAAAGAUGAGCAACCACAAGCGCAUGAUUCAGCGGUCGACGAUGCACGGAGCCGAGAGCGAGAGAGCGGCUGAGUGUGCCGGCUCUUCCGGGAAUCCAUAUUUCGCCAAUCGGGCCUCCGGGCCGCUCGCCUCCUCCCGAUUUCGUUUCAUUCAGGUUUCGACUAGAUCGGAGCAUUGCGUCGCGAUUGCACGACGUCCGCGUUGUACCGCGGUGAUCGAGUUCUCUUGCGAGAUAAAUAAUUGGACGAUCGAUCGCGUGAUCAAGUGAUUACUCAGAUAUUCGGUGGCGGCCAAGGUGUGAAGAAUUUCAUCUAGAAAGUUACGGUGAAUAUAUAAAUGUUGGCAAUAUUUAUAGAUAGCGCAAAGAAGUCGCGGUUACAAGGCGAAGUGAUUAGGUGCAACGUGAAGAUGAACGAGCGUCGAUUAGGGCGCUAAUUCGAGCCUAAUCUCGGCGAAGGAUGCCGCACUUGCGAGGUGUGAUCUUGCUUGAGGAGAUACUCAACUCCAACGCCGAAAUUAGGCGAGAAUGCUCGGUGUUACUAGAGGCGAGAUGGUCACGCUGAGUGAACGAUUCGCUAGGAAAAAUCGUGAAUUCCUCUGCCGAAUUGCGGACAUUUCUCAAGACUCUGACACCGUGCGUCAGCUGCCGUCCGAGAUGACGGACUCCGAGCCGAAUUCAGGCUCAAAGUCGAAAUCGAAAGGGUGUAGUGAUAAGAAAACGCAGGCGCUCGCGAAGCAAACUCGCGCGACGCGUAUUCUACAGGCGCGCGGAAUACGCGACGUUGAAACCGCGUCGGAAAGCGACGAGAAGAGCAACGACGAAGAUCCGGACGAUCGCCGAUCCGAGUCCGAGCAGAUUAUGGUGCCGUCCGGUAAAUAUCCGAUCGGCGAACGACGGACGAGAGCCUGCGUCUUGGACUCGCGUAUUGAGACACGGGCGAUACGUCCUGAUGAACGUCGUCUUUCAGAUCCGUCCACGUGGAGCUCGGGUCACAUAAACGAGUGGAUCUCGUGGUGCGGCCGGACAUUCGCCAUCAGGCCAGGCUCCAUCGCGACGAUACUCCCGUCGACCGGCAAGGAGCUGUUGCGAUUAACGCCGCAAGAUUGGCGGGACAUCGGCGGCACGGCAGGUAGUAUCCUGGCGAGACACCUGGCUCAUCUUCGUUUCCAAGCCACUGGCGUGUACACCCCGGGCUUGCUGCAAGAAAACGAAAAUGAUAGGUUCAGCCUCCUACAACGGACUUGCUCGCUGAUUGGAUCAACGGCUGGAGCCAGUGCCUCAGGGGCGGUCGGAGGCGGACAGGUUCAGCUCUGGCAAUUCCUGCUGGAGCUGCUCUCCGAUUCGUCUAACUCGUCCUGCAUCGCGUGGGAGGGCUCCAACGGGGAAUUCAAGCUCACCGAUCCGGACGAGGUCGCACGUCGCUGGGGCGAGCGCAAGAGCAAGCCUAACAUGAAUUACGACAAGUUGUCACGCGCGCUGAGGUAUUACUACGACAAGAAUAUAAUGACGAAGGUUCAUGGUAAACGUUACGCUUACAAGUUCGAUUUUCACGGCCUGAGGAUGGCCUGUCAGUCGCAAGCCGGCAUCAUGCUGGAGGCGUCGACGUCGUCGCGUGUAACAAGCGCGAGCUGCCAUCCCCAUCAUCAGGCACAUCGCUUGUAUCCGGUGGCACCCGCUCAGCACUCCGCGUCGUCCUCCUUACAAUCGGAGCCGUCGCCUUCCGGUCAACAACAGCCACCUCCGCCACCGAUGCCGCCGCCGCAUUAUUGGCCGUAUCGAUAUUCACCGCCGAAAUAACGUUGUCUUCAGUCGCCGCCUAGGCACGUGAGAUUACGUUAACCGGAUUUCAACUCGAGUGGCUGAUGGCUCGCGCUCUUUGGAUCCCUCCUUUCUUAUUUCAGGUACAUUACCACCGUUUUUUCGUAAUAUCUUGGAGCGUUAAACCGACAGGUCAAGUUACCUUCGUUUCGGUCCUUAUUGUUAAUUGACACGCACAGACGGACUGCGUACGCAUUGAUAAUUGUUAAUGUUCCAGUGAGAAAGGAUUCGUCGAGUCGACAUCGUUUCGACAUUGAUCGACGAAUCAUUUCUCGUUCGGAUGGAUGAUAUUAGGCGAUUUUUGGCGACUGUUUGGUACAUUUGGUACAUACCAAAGUAUACCAGAGUGUAUGUACACCCAGCGUCAUGAAUGCCUUUACACCUGAAGAAGGACGCUAAAGAUAUCCAAUAGGAAAAUUUAUUUCAAUGAACUGAAGUUUUUUAUCGGAAUAGAUUCAACUUAACGGCUAUUUUCAGGUGUAAAUUCAUGAUGUCGAGUGUACGCUUGUACCAAAAAUCGCCUAUUAACAGCACACAAGCGCGAAAUACUUUAGACGUUUAUGUUCUAAGAGACGUGCUAUAAUAUCGCCGGGAUUCCCUCGCUCCCAGAAGUCCCGGGUAGAAAACUCAUCACUUAGAAAUAAUUAACGAUUAGCGACAAGUGAUAUUGUUACGAGUUUCACGUUCUACUCGAGCUACUCGUCACAAUAAUCCGAGACACGCGAGGGAAUCUGUAAAUAUAUCACAUACAUGAAGCAAUACUGCACAUCUUAUCUCCUUGUUAUCAUCGCGACUACUAUUGUAGAAUCGACUAUAAUAAUAGAUUCUAUGCCAACUCGUUACUGACUACUUUUAUAGAAUCGUACUCGUAAUGUAUAUUUUGUAAACACGACUUUCUAUCCAAUAAAUA